UCAGUGAUGUUUUUGAAAGCUUACAAAACUACUAACGAUAAAAUCUUUCGUCAAAAGGUCAAGAGUUUCGAUGCAUCUGCUUUACCACCUUGUCAAUCAGAGCUCCGAGAACACAUACUCCGAACAGCAUAUAUUGCACAAAUUUGGAGUAAUGCUCACUUAAAAGAGCCUACAACAUUAUCCCCACUCGACUGUGGCUGGAAAGUGGAUGAGAAUGCAAGAUAUGAUUUUAAUUGGUUUAGUGGCGACCAAUUGCCUCAGUCAAUCGAUGAUGUGACGUUUGAUCUACAGAACGAUAAAGAUUCAGAUACAGAAAUUGCAAAUGACGGUUGUCAAUACCUUAAAGAAAAUGAUGGAGUGUGUGACCAGAAAGAUGAUGAGGAUGAAGAUAGUGAUGAUAUGGAAGGCGAUGAGGAAUCAAAUGUCAGUAGCGAUGAGGAAUAAGAAAAAUAUAUUUAUUUUUUAUAUAAUUACUAUAUUGUUGUAAUAAAAAACAUUUGCGUUGUUAUCAUU